AGAGGAUGCCUCUUCUCUGCUACCCACCUCCUAUCUCUCCUACCACUUCUGCUGCAUACUGCACUUCUCUUACCCCAUUCUACCCCCUGCUGUUACUUCUGUCGCUCAUUCCCUUAUCUCACCACUCUUCCUCUUGCUAACAUUCUCCCUGCGUUAUCCUGCAGCAUCUUCUUACCCUGAGCCAUCACUUUCUUUGCAUUUUGGAAUUUGCAUACCUUGUCUGUGCCCCUGUUAUGUUCCUACUCAUUACUAAUCCCUGCAUAUUGCAUAGUCUUUAUUUUCUGCCUACUGUGGCUGGCACCAUUCACUUGCUCUAUACUAUGACUUCUGCAUCACACUGAUGCAUACCAGUCCUGUCUAUUGCCCUGAGCUAUCUCUGACUCUUUAUCCUGCUACCCCCACUCUAUGACUAUCUCCCCCUGUGUGCAUGUCUCAUCCAGUGUUAUUCUAACCUCUUAUGCAUCCUCCUAUGACAUGUCCUUUCUUUAUAUCAUUUACUCAUCCAUCCAAACUUCCUGUAUUGCCACCUAAUUUCCAUCAUAUUCUCCCCCCCCCCUUCUUAAACUUGCAUUUGUCUAUUUCAUAUAUUGUCCCUGGCUAUGCUUAUCUGUCACUCUCCAUCCAUCACUAAACACUUCUGCACAACCUGAUUACAUCUACAUUCACACGUCUCUCUAAUUCUAGCUGUUUGCUAAUAAUCCAUCAAUUUGGUUUUCUUCCAUAUUUUUGUCUCCACCUUAUUCCCCAUCAUAAUUAACUUGUAACCUGCCAUGUUAUCAUCCGUCCUUCUUUGCCCUCAGUUCACUUUCUUUCUCCCAAAUCCUUCAUUGCCUGUACACAUGAUAUACUCAUAUUAUCCUUCUACCUAUACUGCCCUAUUGUUUUGCCUUCUUCACAACCCCUUCCUAUAUUUCCCCUCAUAUCUCAGUAUUCAUAUCUGCAUUUAUGCAUAGAUAAAAUUGAACAAAAAUUUAUACAAACAACAAGGCUCGAAGAUGCCACCAAUGACUCCCAGAGACCGAGGAGGGGCGGAUAUACAGGGAUAUGGAAGAUCGGUGGUUUCCUAUAGGUUAGAAAACCUUGACAGAUCUGGAGGAUACCAUUAACCCACAGAGACGUGUUCCCACUUGCUAUCAGGUCUCUGGCAGAAGUGGUUAGGGAGUGAUACUCUGAAGCUCGACCCAGCCCUGAGGAAAAGGCACGGUCAUCUACAGCACCCUUCACCUCAUCCAAGCUGAGAUAUUUAAUUUACUACACACUGCGCGGCCCUUAUUACUUUGGCCAUAUACUCACUCACUAUGGGCCCCAUUUAUCAACCUUCAGAUAGGUUGGACAUCACGCAAUGCAAAUACAUCCACUGUUCCAAGCCACACGCUAUAAGAGGACCAACUACCCAAAGUUAACAAAAAGUUACCUUAUCACAUUUGCCUUUAUUAAAUUAGGUAAAAUGGCAACUCACAGUGAGCAUUUUUUUAGAUUUUAGUUAUUUUUAUGUACUUUUUAAUAGAAUGAUUUGUUUUUUUUAUAACACAACGGCUGUUAUGAAAGAUUUUAUAUAAAUGUGCCGCGAAAUUAUUUGCCGACUUCUUUUUUUCAUUUUUUAUUCAUAAACAUUGCCUUUUUUCGAUUUUUAUUCAUAAACUUUGCCUUUUUUUUUUUUUUAAUAGUGCUCAAAUAUUAAACCAUUGGCGUAGUUGUUUUGUGCAUACAAAACAACACCAGUUGAACUACUCAAUAUACUGGACAACUAAGCUGUGGGUUGCUCUUUUAUACCUGCUUAUUGUAGACUGUUUAUUGUUUGCUCUGCCAGACUUUGUUUCUCGCUUCCUUGCUUCCUAUGAUGUUUGCAAGCUCAAAGGUAACAGAUGUGAACUUGUUUCCACUGCGAUGUUUGUGGUGCGGAGGACAAGCCAUUUGAAGGUAUGAUAACUUUGAAAUCUGUUGGAUUUGCAGCCGGACAACAUCUCCAUGAGGAUAACGCUGUAAUUGAUCCUAUUCAAAUAUUCAAGACUGAAGCAUUCUUUAUAUCAAUCUUCUUCUCUUUUUUUUUCAGUGGGAAUCACAGUAUAACUAUAGACUGUAUUUUGACACAAGCUUAAUACAGUUGAAGGUUUGAUAAAUGAGGCCCUAUAACUUGAUAUAAUGAGGCCACGUAGAAACUCACACAAACCAUAGCAAUUGGCGUACAUUCAGCCCCUUUGUCGUACAUGUGUUCCAUACCCCGUUCCCACACACACAAACUAUCCUUCCCACAAGCACUAUCAUGUCUCUGCUUGGUCAAUCUCCAUCACUAGGCUUCUGUAACUGCUGUCAUUGACUGCCAUUAACAGGCCUGAAUUUUAAGAAAUCCCUGCUUGAGCAAAUAUAAAUAAAUGCAUCAGCUGCACUGAAUGUGUGAGAUACUUGUUAACCACUUUUGUUCUAGCAGGUGCAUUCUCAAAAUCCUGAUUGGCUAAUGGCACAUGACUACUUAGGCUGCCCAGCCCUUUCUUACAUGCAGUCACUGCAAACUAUCUCUUCGUCCUGUAAUUCUUCCUGUUCUUCGCAGGAUCUCCCUCGUUAAAACCUGUGAUUCCUGAGGCUGAUUUGACAUCCCCCCCCCCCCCUCCUCGAUGACACAGUUCUCAAAGUGAUCCUCGACACAAUGCUUGUCCUACAGCUUCAGCUCAUCGAUUUGUGAAAUCACACGAAUUAAAACGCCUGGAUGUAUCGCUCACAGGAUCAGUUUGCCUCUCGCUUUCCCCGAGAUCCCUUCAUCAGUGGUGGGAUCAACACAUCAUGGAGCCCACCCCACCCCAGAGCAUGGGUCCCUGCUGGCAGAUGCUCUUCAAACAUUAGCCAGUCACAGCUUCCCCCUCACUUAACUUCCGGUCAUGUGACUAAUAUUGGGCAUCCCAGCAAACCUUAUUACCCUUUGGGUUCUCCUCCUGGUCCCCGAUUAGGAAAGUUAGAACGAGUACACUCUUGCGUGCAGAUCCUUCUGCGGGACGAGCAGCAGCCACAGGUCUGGGAGCAGCUUGGACAGAUUUAUGAGUCAGAACAAGAGUGGGAAGAUGCUGUGCGCUGUUACCAGACCGCUGCUCGCUACCAUGGGGGAUAUGAGCUCAGUGCUCAUAUUGCCAGGCUCCAGCAGACUCAUCUAUGGCACUCCAAUCCCCAUCAUCGGCCAAAAAAUCUGCCACCACUGCAACAAGUUUGGGAUCUAAUGCAGCACGAGCAGAAAAGACACUUUGGAGUUAAGAGGGGACCUCCACAGCUUAAGCGUGCUGCCCCACCAUCUGAUUCUCCAGUUCUUCAACAAACCCCCCACAACCCACACGGAGGAGAGGAGCAGCCCAUGAAACGAAGAAGAAGUGGAAGUCCAGAGCAGAGGAGGUUAAAUUCUGGGCUGCAUUCUCCAUCAGCUCCAGGGGGUCCUGCCAGUAUGUACCAUCAGCCACCUGUAAAACCGAAUGUCUGGAACCCCCUUAAUCAUGAGCCUUGGGUAGAACGUAGGGAGAGGCAGGAGCCCCGAAUUCCACCCCAUACCUCCUCUUAUCCCCCAUAUUGUCCCCCUCGCCCACCUCCUCCUCCACCACUUCACCAGCAACCACGCCCUCCAAGUGACCUUAGUGAGGCGCGGGGUCAGAGGUCCUCUGCAGAGGUUGUCCCCCCUGCACCUCCACCUCUCCACGUGCCUUACGAACAGAGGAGACAACGUGUUUCCCCACAGAAGAUCUCUAGAGCAGAUCUACCACCAUCCUCAGAUCGUUAUCAGAGCUCUGUGGACACCCCUUCCAGGAUCUGCCCUCCUCCUCCAGAGAAGUCUGAGACUCCCAAAGCUGUUUGCCCCCCACUUCAGCCACAGCCACUGUACUCCUCACACCCUCCACCCCUCCAACAGGGCUGGCUUCCUUCAUCUGUCAAGGCUGAAGUGAAAACGGAAGAUGCAUUGGAAGAUAUACUCUAUGGGAAGGGCCCCGGGGGUUUAAAAGGGAAAGGGUAUUUCCCGCCCUGUGAUACCCAAGAGGGGGAAAGUGUCUAUGAACACCAAUCUCAGGGCAUUACCACCAGCAAAGUCAGGCCAAAGUCUGAGAACUUCCAGGACGCAAGCCUGAAUCAAGUAUUUAAGAGCCUGCAAAAGAUAGAUGACCCUAGGUUAUUUGUCCCCAAGAAAGAGGAAGAAAUGGGAAAUGGCAACAGACAGGUGCCUCAGAACGCUGAGGUGGAUAUUGGUGGCAACAAACCAAGCAAUGGACUAGUUAGAACAGAAAGCACUUAUUCAGGAGGGAAAGGUUCACCGGGGCAGGAGGACAAUGUUUCGUUUUGCCCCCCUUCAGCCCUGCAACACAAAGAUACCUCAGGGAGCCUCCAGGCAUCGGGCUCAAUUGCACAGGCAACCAAGCAAGCCUCAAACUUGACUCACAAGUCUUUAAGCACGAACCAGACUUUUUCAGAGAGUAAAGUAGGUCAUGGAAAAGGAGAGGAUGUACCCAGUGGAUGUAACCAGCUCUUUGAUUUCCAUGGGGGGCAGUUGUCAGAACCCUUUGAGGAAGCCACAGAAAUAUUGCCAGAUGGACUCGAUGACAUCAUGAAGAUGCUUGAUGAGUCAAUAGAAAAAGAAGAGGGAGGUGAGAACUCGAGCAGAGCAGAAUAUACUUCUCCCGUUUCCUCCUCUAUAUCUCCAUCAGACGGCAAACUAACUCCUCGCCUUGGCAGUUCAACUCAACCUGAUGCUCUGAAAAGUCCAACGCCAGGUGCCAAAGCAGCAGAAGUAAAACCCGCUGAGUUAUUUCCAUACUAUAGCCCCAAAAAAGCUAUUAUGGGACAAGAAGUCAAUAAUGAGGGUAGACCUGCUCAUCAUGGGGGCAGCACUGUCCUAAAAUCAUUGGCAAGUGUGUUGGAGGGACAGAAGUAUUCUUACCGUGGAAGUCCCGGCUUGAAAUCAGGAGGAGGACAGGCCUUCUUUUCUGGUGCUAUGGUGGGCAAACGUAAUUUUGACCCAUACACUGCUCAGUCUACCUCACGUCGUGCCUGGGAAGCUAAGCCGGGGGCAAUAGUGGCAGCAUCCCCUGUUUCAGAAACUCCUGGGAAUGGGACAGGGGGCAAGAUUGCCUGUGUGCGGACAGAAACAGACAUUCUAGAAGAAAUAUCUCGGGCUUGUGAGACAUUGGUUGAAGGGUCAAGAGGGUCAGGAUGCAGCAGUGCAGAGGAUGAGAACACAGUUGAGAAAGAGACAAAAGUAGAGCAAGUAGUUGAAAUAAAGCAAGAAAUUCCCUGGAUUGAUGCUAGUCUAGAAGAGAAAGUUAAGAAGAAGCCAGAGAUGCCCAGUAAUACAGAAAAUACAGAAGCAGCUAAGAAGAAACAAGAGAUGUCCUGGAGCACUGGACAGGAAGUGACUGUUGAGAAAAAGACAGAUGUAUCCUGGGGGGCUGUUAGAUCAGUAGAAUCAAUUGAGAAAAAACAGGCAGUGCCUAUGGAAACAGGAAACCUGGAACAGAUAUCUGAAAGAGACUCAAAAAAGUUGAAGUUAGAAGUGACUGAGAAGAAGAGUUCUAGUGACCAGGGUCCAGUCAUUCUCCCAGAAGCAACUGAAGAUAAUUCAAAGCUGCAGGAGACAGCUGUCAUAGUUUUGGUAAAGCCAGAUGAGGUUGUAGAGCAACAAUUGGGAGUGCAAGAGAGAGAGUCACCCAAAAUGACAACAGAGUCACUAAUGCCUCAGAGAAGUUCAUUUGUCAAAGUUUCUUUUGAGGCCAAACGAAGGAAAGGGGAGAGUGAAAGCAAUAAAUUACCAGUGGAGAACAAAAAAAUAGCAGAAAAAGAAGCAGAGGUGGCAAAAGUGGGAGAGGGUGCAAAACCCCAGGAGAGGCUAACUAUUUCCCUGCCCACUACACCACGAAAUAAAGAGGAAGGGAGGAGGAGAGAUAGAAAGCACAGGAAGUCUAAGAAGGAUAAGGGCAAGAGGGCAACAGAGGGUAGAUCACAAAAGGACAAGGAGAGACAAAUUUUGGGUAACUUAGAUCUACAGACCCAAUCUAGAAGCACCACAAAAGUACCCAAACAGGGAGGAGAGAGAAGAAAAACAGACGGAGGAAGAAGAAAUGUUGAGGAAGGCAAUCAUCAGUCUAACCCUCCUGCUGCACCAGCUUCUACACCAUCUACCCCAAACCAUGGUUCUGUGAAUUCUGAUCUCUUGAAGAUGAGACCGUUCACAGAGGGGCCACCCAAAGAGCUGAAAAUACGUUUAAUAAAGGUGGAGAGUGGUGACAGAGAAACAUUUAUUGCCUCUGAGGUAGAAGAGAGAAGAUUGCAAGCCAGCGAACUGACUAUUAACCACUCUGCUUCAGAGAUUGUGAGAGCUACCAAGAAUAUGGUCUUGAAGGGGAAAUACAAGGAAUCAUACCUGCUACCCUCUAUGUCUGUGAAACCCCCCAUCGGCACAGAGCAAAAUCUACCCCGAGAAAAGCUGAACCCUCCUACACCAAGUAUCUAUUUGGAGAGUAAACGCGAUGCCUUCUCUCCAGUUCUUCUUCAAUUCUGCACUGAUCCCAAAAAUCCAAUCACCGUGAUCCGGGGCCUGGCGGGAUCCCUGCGGCUUAAUCUUGGUCUAUUCUCCACUAAGACUCUAGUUGAUGCAAAUGGGGAACACACAGUUGAGGUCCGUACACAAGUCCAACAGCCAUCUGAUGAGAACUGGGAUUCAUCUGGAAGCCGCCAGAUCUGGCACUGCGAAAGCAGCCGAUCCCAUACCACCAUAGCCAAAUACGCCCAAUACCAGGCUUCCUCUUUUCAAGAGUCUCUGCAGGAAGAUAAGGACAGUGAUGAUGAUUCUACAGAGCCCGACAGCACCACAGAUAACUCAACACCCCCACCAAACCCCAGCACAAACCAGGAGCACAAAACACCACAUAUCAUUAAAUUUGGAACCAAUAUUGACCUUUCUGAUCCCAAAAGGUGGAAACCUCAACUGCAGGAGUUACUGAAGUUACCUUCUUUUAUGCGUGUUACAUCCAAUGGGAACAUGCUAAGCCAUGUGGGACAUACUAUCCUUGGCAUGAACACUGUUCAGCUUUACAUGAAGGUCCCUGGCAGCCGGACUCCAGGUCACCAGGAGAACAAUAAUUUUUGUUCGGUGAAUAUAAAUAUUGGUCCAGGUGACUGUGAGUGGUUUGCUGUGCAUGAGAAUUACUGGCAGGAAAUCAGCGCCUUCUGUGACAGGCAUAACCUGGAUUACCUGACAGGUUCUUGGUGGCCGGUAUUAGAUGAUCUUUACCGUUCAGACAUCCCAGUCUACCGGUUUGUGCAGCGCCCAGGUGACCUGGUGUGGAUCAACGCUGGCACAGUCCAUUGGGUGCAGGCAACUGGCUGGUGCAACAACAUUGCAUGGAACGUUGGUCCCCUGACACCCUAUCAGUACCAGUUGGCCCUGGAACGGUUUGAGUGGAAUGAAGUGAAAAACGUGAAAUCCAUUGUCCCAAUGAUCCAUGUAUCAUGGAACGUUGCAAAAACUGUGAAAAUCAGUGACCCAGACCUGUACCGUAUGAUCAAGUACUGUCUCUUACAAUCUAUCAAACGGUGUCAGGUGCAGAAGGACAGCCUGAUCCGCAGUGGGAAGAAACUUGCCUAUCAGGGCAGAGUGAAAGAUGAACCUGCAUAUUACUGCAAUGAAUGUGAUGUUGAAGUUUUUAACAUCCUGUUUGUAACGAGCGAGAGUGGCGGCAAGAACACUUACCUGGUACACUGUGAGAGCUGUGCUCGCACUGCCAGCAAUGGCACCAAUAACGUGGUUAUCCUCGAGCAGUAUAAGAUGGAAGAACUUAUGCACCUAUACGACAACUUCAACCUGGCACCACCCCCAAGCACCCGGUGAGACUUCUCCCCCUCCUCUGCUGUUCCCACAGCCGUCUCUCCCCCCUCUCCCACCCAUCAUUGAGCCUGCCAAUCAAACUACUCCCUCCUACCUCUUGUGCGAGGUAGAGGUCGAGCGGUGCUAUACAUCACGCCAACUGAAGAGAGAACAUUGGAAAGAAGGGGAGGGGAGUCGAUCAUGGAAACUCUUGUCUUGCUUUCCAGCCAAUUGCAGGCCUUGUUUACACAAUUCCCGCCUCCUGCGGGAACAGCCAAUCAGGAUGCAGGAUUCCAUGUAUCGACAUUGAUAAUUUUAUUAUUAAUAUUAUUAUUUUGUUUUUGUAAUUUUAUCAGGAAUAUUUAUUCUGAAAUCUUGAAUUUGUGACUCUCGGGGAGGGGGCUGUAUUUUAUUUUAUUUUUGGGAGGGGGCUGUAUUACUUUGUGGGGUAUUUUGUGUGGGAAUAUUUUUGUGGUGGGUGGGGACACUGCGUGGAUUUUAUUUUUUAAAAAAAUUUAAAUUAAUUUUAAAGUGGUGCUCUGCUUUUGAAUCUCGAGUAUGGGCAAGAAGUGGGCUCCAGUGGCCCACUCUCUUUGGGGAGUAGCAUGUGAUGCUCACAAAGCUUCAGAAAAUGGGGCGUCAAAUUGCGUCUGUGUGGGACCACCCGUCCUGUAAAUGAUUGAGAGAGGGUUGCAUGUAAGGUGUGGAAAUAUACCACACAGUUUUUGCCUGCUGUGAGAUAUGGAAUUUGGUGGAGGAGGCAAGAAAAGAUUAACUUUGCUUUUUGAUCAUGGUCUCUCUUGCCUUGAAAAAAUACCAGGGUCUCACAUUGAUAGAUGUGCACUUCAUCUGCAAAAGUUUUUUGUUUUUUUUUCUUUUGGGUAGGUCACAUUUUGGCAUUUUUUACACUGUAGUGAUAAGUGGAGUUAUCAUAAGUCAUGCCAGGGACCUCAUAUUCUGUUGGGAUGUGAAAGUGUUUUUUAGUGGAUGCUUAAGGGGUCCCACAGCCAGCAAUGAAAUGAUGUGAGCUUACCUCUCCCCAUGUUGUGUUCAUUGAGUGAGAUACGGGUUUUUAUAUCUAUAGAUAUCUAUUCAAUGCGAACUUAAUCCCUUUUAAAGUUUCCUGGGAUUUUCACCCCAUUUCCUGGUCUCUGUAAUAUAGAAAUUUAUAAAUAUAAAUAUAUAUAUAUAUAUAUAGAUUGGUUUAACUUGUCCCUUGAAAUUUCCAAUGUGCUGGUCUGCUUCGUUGUCUAGUUUUCUCAUCCUGUCCUUACGUCUUCUGUCGAACUUCUUAUUUCUGUCUCUCCUCUCUUUGUCAUUCCAUCCUCCUCAGAAGUGAUUGCCUCCCUUUGCAUCUCAUUGUACACGUAAGCCUCUUCCAUGUCUGUUCACCUAUUCUCCCUCUCUGGAUGUCUGCUUUUCACUCUCUUUCGGGAUAAGUUAUCACCAAUUAUCCCUUUGCAAACGUUUUCGUAAAAGCCGCCUCAAAGCUUUUUUUAAAAAAAAAAAAAAAAAUUGAAACGGGCAGUUCACUCACACACACAUAUAAAUUCACAACCUGUCUCUGCCUCCAUAUAUAUGUAACAAAUACACACAAAAUUUUAACUGAACCAAAUUUAAUAGUAAGUUGAAUCAACAUAAAUUACUUUAAUAUAUAUAGAUAUAUUGUAUUACAAAAUCCUGUUGUCUUAAGUGUAAAUAUACAGUAUACUUCCAAAGUAUAACCCAUAUUAUAUUUCAAUAUAACCACAUAUGAUGGUGCAAGAUAGAGAUGCUGGCUAUUUAACCUGUUCUCCAUCCAUUCAGCAGAUGGAGAUAGGUUUUGGCAGAUUUCUAUUCUACCUGGAAUUACAGUUUUCAUUCAGGACAACUAUAAAAACUGCAACACUUCAAAAGGACAUUCAACUCAAAAUAUAACUCAUCAGAAAUCUUGUGCAUAGAAACACUCACACAAAUACAUUAUAUUGGAUUUAUUUUUCCCACUUUUCCUGUAAUUUCAAUUAAAAAAAUGUUUUUUUAUACUGUCUCCAGAGAAGAUAGAGAGUAUCCAACAGGAUAAGGAACCCUCACAAUGCAAAAUUCUGCACAAUGAUUCGUGUAGGAACCCAUUUAUGCCUGACCAUAGUUGAUCACAGCAAAAGACCAGAUAAAUACUCUUGAAGGCUAUGUCCCUGGACAAAUGUAACUUUUUUAACAAAGCAACCAAUUUUGAAACAUUUAUUCUGUAUAGAGAUAUUUCGCAAUGCAGUACCCAAUUACUGAUAUAUUCCAUGUGUGUAUAUAAUACUUUAGUAUCACUUUACAUUAAAAAAAAUAAUAACUUUGGCUUCAAAACUCACUUUGCACCAUUAUUUAUUGCAUUUCCAAACCUUUUUUUUUAUGCCUCAGCAUUAUAUGCUAAAACCAGUAUGUCUGUACAUCUGUAUCUAAAACACAUAUUUUCUCUAAAAUUUAGAAAAAUUAGCAUAUGCUGCACUUUACAGAUCAUCAUCUAUACACACAUCCAUAUAAAUGUACAUUGUAUAUAAAUAUAUAUAAAUGGAUAUAUGGAAAUGAAAAUCCUUAGUGGGCAUUUCCCUACCUUUAAUUAGCAAAUAAUUACCCAUUGUUCAUUUGUCUGACUGUCUAUUUACCAGCUUUGCGGGUGUGACAGUGCAAGAAAUUGUGCAUGUACACCAGCUUACUGAUUUUUCACUUACCGAUUUGUAAAUAGAAAACCCUGCACACACACGCAGAGAGAUUAGUAUAUACUGUAAAUGUGUACAGCUAAAAUAAAUGCAUUUAAUAUGGUGCAGGCACUUAAAAGGUGCACUCUGAAAGUGAAUUAAUAGAGCACAUAUAAUUUAUAGUUAUUCAUUGUGCAGGCACCUCGGGGGAGUGUCUGAAUACACAGAUUUUAGAAUUCAAACUGUUUUCAGUCUCCGCACCUUAAACCACAAUUCUCUCAAAAACUUUAUCCUACAAACCUUGUGUGAGCGAUCUGUCCUUUUUUUAUUAGGCAGCUUUUCAGUGGUCUAGUUUGAGUAAAAAGAGACUUUAAUAAAGGGGGAGAAAAUUCACUGAGGGUUAACCAACCCCUACAUAAAUCUAUUUGCAUUGCUUUAUUUAUUAUGUUCAGCGUUUUUUUUUCUUAUAAUUUAGGAGUUUGGGGUGAUAUGUUUUGUGUACUUUUUUCUUGAAUUUGUAGGGUAAAUAUUUCUCUUUUUAUGGUGCUAUGUUUCCUACAAUUUUGUAAGGUCUUUUAAUAUGGUGGAGGGGGUAGUUGGUUUUAACUACAAGGGAUGGUUUUUAUUUGCAGCUCUAGAGGGAAGGGAGGCAUGGUGUAAAGAGUGGUAAAGCUCUGAAGAUUUAUUGCAGGAGGGGGGUUAAGGGUGCAAAUGGUCUGCAGGUCACCGGUGCUAAUGACUCCUUCCUGCAAUGAUCACAGAGCAUUGCCUCCCUUCCCCAAAACCUGAUAUCUGGUGCUAAACAAUUAUCAAGGUUUGAUGUUAAUUUCUUGACUAUUUAAUUAUUAUUUUUUUAACAAGAUGUGAAGCUAUCCCUCUCAUUCCCAAUUCGCUGCUCUGUGGGGUUACCGCUGCAUUUCAUUUACAAAUGUUUGUGAAACUAUGCGUCAUUCUCUUCAUAUGUUUAAAUGCAAAAUGUUUGUUUGUUUGGGUCUAUUUUAUGUAUUAUGAGGGCUUUCUUACUAUGGCACAGUCAAGCCCACUUCAUGGUUGGCUCUUUUUGAGAGAAGUGGUAGGACCUUUUGUUCACACUCUCUAGUUUCAAUAAGCAGUUUAACCAGCGGAGCAAACGUUUUAUUUGAAGACGUGCAAAUGGGAUGACGGACUCUCUCGUUUUAUACAGUUUGUGUAGAAAGCCCUUUGUAUUACAGCAUCUAUGGUUAAAUGGACACUAUAAAUACUAUAUGCCUCAAAUCUACUUAUUCCAUAAAAUCUUCCUGAAAACCCUAAACCACUCUGACUAGCAAUGUGUCCCCUCAGUCAGCGAACAGGAACAGAGCCCCACCCCAGACUUUCACAGUCAAGCAUUCUCCCACUCUUUUUCCUCCUUCCCUCCCUUUCUACUCUCCAUUAUUAAACACAAUUCAAACUUUCUUAUUUUUAACUGAGCCAGCGAUUUUUUGCCUUUUUUUGUGAAUUUGUGAUAUUAAUAAAUCUGAUAAAGAUUUUGAUACAAAA